AUGUACCAUCAAUACGUAGAAACAGAAAAAAGAGUAAUGGCCGCCUUGGACGGUAUAUUUCCAUUUAUUGUGGGAAUGCAUUUAUUGGCAACGGACCCUGAUAACACUUACCUGAUCAUGCCACUCACGCCAGGAGGAAAUUUAUUUGACCUAGUGUACGAACGAGGAUCGCUGGGAGAAUAUAUGGCUCGAUUUUACUCUGCCCAAAUACUGUUGGCGUUAGAGUUUCUGCACGCUACGGGAUUCGUGCACAGAGAUCUAAAGCCUGAAAACGUGUUGAUAGAUGCAAACGGAUAUUUGCGGUUAGCUGAUUUCAGCAUGAUCAAGUCGAUCGGACGGGGUCGGACUUAUACAUUUUGCGGUACACCGGAUUACAUGGCGCCCGAGAUAUUCACAUACAAGGGCUACAGUCAGGCUGUGGACUUUUGGAGUUUAGGGGCUAUGAUGUACGAGUUAACUACAGGACGGACUCCAUUCGAGGGACCCGACGUUGGAACUAUUUUCCAGAACGCUUUAAACACAAAUUACAAUUUGGACGUUGGUUUUAGCCCAUCGUUGCAGAGUUUGCUGCGAAAUAUGUUGCAACCAGACCUAUCAAAACGUUAUGGGAACUUAAAAAACGGAGUCAUAGAUAUAAAGAAACAUCCUUGGUUCAGACCUGUAAAUUGGUUACAAAUAAUCAACCAGAAAAUGGAAGCACCAUUCAAACCAGAUCUUGAAUGGAUUUCUAAAAAAGAAAUUCGCAACAUACUGGACAGUUAUGAAAACGAGUAUGUCGAUUUUUAA